CAGGGUGGCGUCACCUGUAGUGAACUCUUUCUUUCGGCACAUGGUGGAAGCGUAAGGCUAUUCCGAAUUUCAAGAUUUCAGUUUAUUCUAAACUAUUAGCAAUGAAUACUUUUGGAAGAAAUUUCCUUAACGUACUUUCUAAAACAAGAAGUAUAAACGGACUGAAAAAAUCUGCUAAAUCAGUUAGCUUAAAUUUGGCUGUAGGACGACUAGGCUUAGUAACUGAAACAUCUAGAAAUUUUACCAGAUCACUCUCUGUGUUGUGUAAGAAGCAAGAGUCUUUGGAAGGUUUGUUCGUUCAGGCUGGUUACGGUAAAUCUUGCAGCUGUGGGUGUAAUGGAUUACACACGAAAGGUGACAAAGAUUUAAUGGAGUUUCUAGAAGAGGAAAUCAAAGCAGAGAAGAAAGCCCACAAAAGUUCCAGCUUGACAAAAAUUGAUGAUUUUGAUAUUAAAUCAGAUGGGUCUGAUGUAACUUUGACAAAGAAGUUUAAUGAAGAGAAUAUCACUAUAAAACUCAAUGUAAACCACUCUGUUGAUGCCGAAGAACCACAAGAAAUUCAUCCUAAUCAAGAUAAGGAGCCAGAAAUGGGAGCAAUGAAAUCAAAGCCAAACUUCAAUAUUGAGGUAGAAAAAGGAGGUAAAACCCUUGCGUUUACUUGCACAUACAGUUCUGAUGUAGCACCCGAGGACCAGACUGAUGAUACCUAUUCUGAUUCAUUCCAGAUAACAGAAAUUUGUAUGUAUGAUGGAGAUUUCAAGGAUACAACUUACGCUGUUUCUGGAGACAUAAUGGAUGGGUAUCUUUAUGACUUGCUGAUGAACUUUUUGGAAGAACGAGGAGUUUCCAAUGAAUUUGCUGAUAAAUUGUCAGAAUAUUGUUCUUCUUUUGAACAUGAUCUUUACAUUAACCUUUUGCAAGGGUUACGAUCAUUCGUUGGUGGAAAAUAGGUUAUCAUGUAAUUAAGUCUCGACAUCCAUCUUUGUGUUUUCGUAUGCACUUAACGAAUAGAGACAUCUUGAGGUAAUUGAUUACUUUACAUUGUAGAAGUCUUUCAGAAUUGAACAAUAGUUAUACUUUAGAAUGUAUCUAUCAUUAUGAAUACAAAUGAAGUUUUUAGUUAAGUUACUUACUAUGAAGGUUCUGUACCAUUCUUCAUGUGAUUGUCUAAGAAAUAAAAUAGUGUUGAAAUAUUAUA